AUGUCGUCCUGGGCCAUGAGCAGUGCUCCUACCACUGGACAGACAGGUAAAGCCAGUACUCCCAAGCGUCUCUCUGCAAUGGCCUCAGGGAACGACGGGGACCCACCAAGGGCCCACGGACGCCGGGGAAGCAACGGGCGCAGGCUGUCACAGGAGCUCAACUCAGAAGACCGGGUGGUGAAGGAGACAGAGGAGGUGUUUCGGAGCUAUGCCUUCUACCGCUACCAACAGGAGAGAGAGGAGAGCGGGGAGGAGGUGCCCAUGGACCCAGAGAUCGUGGAGAUCCAGCAGGAGCUGGGCAGCACCGGGAGCCUGGUGGGAAGGCGCCUGGCCAUCAUCGGCGAUGACAUUAACGAGCGGUACGACGCGGAGUUUCGCUGCAUGCUGAAAUCCUUGCAGCCCACCAAGGAGAACGCCUAUGAGUACUUCACCAGAAUAGCCUCCAGCUUGUUCGAGAGCGGCAUUAACUGGGGCCGGGUGAUUGCGCUGCUGGGCUUUGGCUACCGCAUGGCCGUCCACGUCUACCAGCACGGCAUAACGGGUUUCCUCCGCCGGAUCAUCUGCUUCGUCGUGGAUUUCAUGCUCCGGAACCGCAUCGCCCAGUGGAUCGCCCAGCAGGGAGGAUGGGUGGCUGCACUCGAUCUGGACAAUGUUUACAUGAAGUACAUGCUGGUGGUGGUGGCCCUGGUCAUGGUGGGGCAUUUAGUGGUACGACGCUUCUUCAGGCCCUGA